AUGGCUUCCAACAUGACCAACGGUACCGCUGCCCGAACCUACGAGUCCACCUACCCUAGCGGUGUCACUUACAUCCCUGAGGAGCUUGAAGCUGCUGCCCAGCACGCCAUGGCACAUACGGACGCCGAUUGUCUCCUCAUUACCCUUAGGCCUGUUGUCAAUGGCCAGGCAACCCAAGACGGUGUCGUCAGGAUCUACUAUGAGCGCCAGGGUCCAGGGUCCCCGUGGUUCAUUGCCAACCGUGAUGAGCUAGUUCGCACUGGAUACCUCCCCCGUAACUAG